CCUCCUCGCCCCGGCGAAUAAAGCCACAAUCUUCCCCCCUCCCUCCAGUCCUCCACACAGCCCACAAUCUCCCCCCCCUCCUCUCUCCAAUCCCAGCACCACUCCUAAACUUCCUGCGCCGCGCCGCCAAGAUUCAUUCGGAUUAAUCUUCUUUCUAACUUGCCUGCUCGGCUUCUUCGCCCGGACUGAUUCGGAUUCCUGCCGCGAGCGGCCGUUUCCGGGAGCUGCGUAGAGCCCGAGGAGGAGGAGGACGAGAUCAGCGGCGGCGGCGGCGGCGCCAUGGGCGGGCACAGGGUGGAGGACGGCCGGCCGCCGUCCAACCUGCAGCGCUUCCUCGACUGUACCACCCCCUCCGUCCAAACGCACAUUCUCCCCAAGGCGGCGAACGGCCGGUCGUCGACGACGGACGCCUGGCACCACCACCAAGCCGCGGACGCCGACGCCGCCGAGUACUUCAACCUCGCCGACCUCUGGGACCAGUACUACGAGUGGAGCGCGUACGGGGCCGGGGCCACGGUGCAGCUCCACGGGGGCGACAAGGUCGUCCAGUACUACGUGCCCUACCUGUCCGGCAUACAGCUCUACACCAACAAAGUCCUCACUCCCUCCAGGGGCUUUGCGGAGGAUUACGGCGCCGACUUCUGGAGCGACGACGAGGACAACGAGAAGAUGUCCAGGUCCUGGAGCUCCACGUCCGAUGACUCGUUUAACUGCGACGUCGUGGCCGGCAACAGGAGGCGGCCUGGCCACCUCUACUUUGAGUUCUUUGAGGUUUGCUCUCCUUAUGGGAGGAUCCCGCUCAUGGAUAAGGUAUAUGAACUAUCCCAGGGCUUUCCGGGGUUGACAUCGCUCAGGAGCGUUGACCUGUCGCCCGCCAGCUGGAUGUCUGUUGCCUGGUAUCCUAUCUACCACAUUCCCUACCAACGGAAUGUCAAGGAUUUGUCUGCAUGCUUCCUAACUUACCACACCAUUUCUUCGGCAUUUCAAGAUCACGUGCUGGAGACCAUGACAUAUGGUUCAGCUGCCAGUGGGAAGCAAAAUGACCAUCUGGACAAGAAAGCCAACACAGUAUCGCUUUCCCCAUUUGGACUCGCAGCAAACAAGAUACAAGGGUCACUGUGGACCAACCCCAGGACAGGAGAUCAUAAGAGGAUGGUCUCCCUCUUCAGCGCAGCAGACUCCUGGCUUAAGCAGCUUGGAGUCCGACACCAUGACUUCAACUACUUCAUUACUCACCCUAUGUGAGUUUCUAAUUGCUCCGGAGAGAACCCCAAGGAAUGCAAAACGUCUACCGUGUAUCGCCCUCGUAAAGAAGAGUCUUUAACAUCCGCGGGAUAGAUUUAUACGGCUUGAUUACAGCCCAUAACAACUGUAUCAGGACUUGAAAUGGUUUUGUGUUUCUUGGCUGAAGAUGUAACUAAUGUGUACAGAAGUUUUGGUACUAAUCUGAUAUCCAGCUGUUGUGGUUGGCAUAUUGUA